GCCUUGUUUCCCACGCAGACACUCCCAGCGCAUACAAGGGUAUUCCAGAGCUAUAUAAACGGGAGAGGGACGUCGCCAGGAAGAGCACCCUCACCUCCCCGCGAUAGACUGCCGCCAGGCCCCCGUCCAGAUAUAUCGCCCAGUCCCGCCACCCCGACGAAGAUCACUCGACACCUCGUCCAUUCCCACCAACUCAACCACAAUGUCAGCAACCGAGGAAAACCUAACCAUCCUUGCCGCCGUCGACUCCUUCCCCCUCGCAAGCACCCUUUUCACCCCCACCAAAACCCCCAGCUCAACCCCACCACCGCCCUCCAUCCAAAUCAACUCCGCAACCGGCGUCCCCCGCGCCUUCUACGUCUCCUUCGCCCGCUACCUCGCCACCACCCACUCCUGCCCGGUGCUGCUCUACGACUACCGCGGCAUCGGCGACUCGCUCACGGGUUCCACACCCGAACACGCCCGAGCGUUACCGUUAGCCUCCAUACAGAAGGAAUGGGCGACCUAUGACCAACCCGCCAUCACGAUGUUCUUGAAGGAUCGGUUCCCAGACCGCGCGGUGGUGAUCGUCGGCCACAGUGUAGGCGCCCACAUCGCCCCCCUCAACCCCGCAAAGGAUUCAGUCAGCAGGUACCUCUUCGUCGCGCCCAACAACGCGCACUGGCGGUUCCACCCCGACCUCAAAGGCGCCAUCUCAACCUACCUCUUCCCGGCCAUCGUCGCCGUCGGGACUCGCGUGGGGAGAUCACCGCAGGGUCUCUUUAGAGCGAACGCGAUCGGGUUGUGUGAGGAUAUACCGCUGGGUGUUGCGAGGGAUUGGUCGUACUGGACGCGGUUUAGGGAGUAUUGCACCGUUGAGCCGCAUAUCAAGGAGGUGUAUGACCGGUUCCUUGCUGAUGGGGAUAAUACCCCCAAUGCGGAGGAGCACCGCACUCUCGCGAUUGGGUUCACCGACGACGCCUUCUGCGGGUCGCGGGAAGCGUACGACGCGUGGUUGCGGCUGAUGCCUGCUGCGAAGGUGCCGUUGUGGUAUCUGGACCCGAAAGCGGAGUUGGGUGAGUUCGGGGUUGAGGCGGUGGCACAUAUGGGCUUCUUCCGGAAGGCCAUGAAGGAGGCGCUGUGGGAGCCGCUGGUGCCGUUUCUGGUAGACGGGAGGUUUGGGGAGAGGGUGGGGAGGGGCGUGCAAGGGGAAUUUAGAGUGAAGGCGAAGUUGUAGAGACUGGUACGAUUUCGACGCGAGCGGCUGGAUGUCAACAUUCCUCAAAGGGAUAUGGACAUUGCGUAAGGCCUGGACUAGCCUCUCCCCUUACCGACAGAAGUCUUUAUCAAAUGUGGGAGUCAGACCAUGAAGCAGUACCACUCCCGACGUAUUACCGCAUUAGAGCGUCGUUCUGUCACCCCUUAUGUAAAUAUAUAUUUCACCAGCAUCUCUCAAAAUGGACAGUUUGCAUCAAAAGUCACUCGAAGCAGGAAA